GUUCUGACACACCACAGAAAGAGACAAAAGCCUCGAGUUCAAAGGGGCGAGCGCAGCAGCCGCUUACAUUGCUGGCCGUGGAGCUCAGCGCACCGAGUCUGAUGUGCAUUAACGAACACACGAGGGGUGGAGUGGAUGGAGACUAUUUUUAAUGCUGAAAUAUGAGCAAUCAGAGCCGAGGCGGAUAAAUGUGACACGCCAAGAGGGAUUGUCUUUACGUGUGGAGAGCACUUAAAAAAAUUGGGAUUAAAGCCUCGCACACGAUGAAGCGGACGGAGCGGAAACUCGUGCUCACCCCUCGUGGAUAGUUUGGAUGCUUGCAUUCUUAAAUAGAAAUAGUCAGAGAAACAACGAUCUUCCCGCAGAAUACACAGAGAAAACCCAAUGAGACAUGAUGAGAGAGUUGCACGUGAAGCACAGCUUCUGGACUCUGCCGUGGACUGUUCUCAUGUGCGUUAUUACUACUGGAGUUCAUUCACAAGAAAGCCAGGGUUACCUGAUAGCUGCACCAUCGGUUUUCCGUGCCGGCGUGGAAGAGUCUGUGAGUGUGACCCUCUUCAAUGCAGUAGAAGAGACACAAGUGCAUCUGCAGCUCAGCGUCAAGGGCGAGAUCGUGGCGCACAGCCACGGUGCUGUACGAGAUAAAGGCACCAUCAAAAUAAAGGUGCCAUCAGAUGUAAGAGGUCAGGCACAUCUGAAGGUUUGGGGGAACCGGCAGCUCAAUGAGGGUGGAUACAUCUUCCACAACCACACCACUGUGACGGUGGACAGCAAAGGGACAACUGUUUUCAUCCAGACCGACAAACCAGUCUAUAAACCCCUACAGAAAGUUCGUAUAAAUGUUUAUGCCGUCACACCAGAUCUAAGGCCUUCCAGUGAAAAGAUCAACGCAUACGUAGUGGACCCAAGAGGAUCCCGUAUAAUCCAGUGGAAGGACAUGAAGUCUGUUUGUUGUGGAAUCGUUAAUGUGAGCUUCCCACUGUCGGACCAACCAGUGUUUGGCGAGUGGUUUGUUUUUGUGGAGAUGCAAGGCCACACAUACAACAAGUCAUUUGAAGUGCAGAAGUAUGUUAUGCCCAGGUUUGAGAUCCUCAUUGAGCCUCCUCCUUACAUUCGAGACCUUAACUCAUGUGAACAGGUCACGGUCAAGACAAGGUACACUUUUGGAAAGCCGGUGACGGGCAAAUUAACAGUUAACAUGGCUGUGAAUGGUAUUGGCUACUACAGGCAUGAAGUUGGUCACCCGGUGAUGAAAUCAAUGGAGAUUAAAGGCUCAGCCACCUUUAGCCUCUGCGUAAAGGACAUGAUGCCCUUAGAAGUUACCGACCAUUUCCGCGGAACAGUGAACAUGUGGGUGACCGUGAACAGCGUCGACGGUGGAUGGCAGACGGUGUAUGAUGAUUCAACACCCGUCCACAAACAACUCAUCGACAUCAAGUACUCCAAAGACACCCGGAAGCAGUUCAAGCCUGGCUUGCCCUACAAGGGGAUUAUCGAGGUGACCUUUCCAGAUGGGAGUCCGGCGGAUGGAGUGCAGGUGCGGGUUAAGGCCGAACUCACCCCAAAGGACAACGUGUAUACCAGCGAACUAGUCUCGCAAAAUGGCAAGGCCAUUUUUGAGAUCCCGUCCAUCCCCACAGCUGCCCAGUACGUCUGGCUGGAGUCAAAAGUGACAGCCAUCAAUGGCAGACCAGCUGGUGAACAGUAUCUUCCCAACUAUCUGUCCAUCAGUAGCUGGUAUUCUCCUAGCAAGUGCCACAUCCAGCUUCUAAGCCCUGGUGCUCCUCUUAUUAUUGGACAAGAGGCUGAGAUCUAUCUGAAGUCCACCUGUCCUUGUAACUUCACAUUGCACUAUGAGCUUGCAUCCCGUGGGAAUAUUGUCCAGUCGGGUCAGAGACAUUCUAACAGCACGGCCCAUCGUGGAAAGAGAGCUACCAUCACCUUUGACACGAACAUACACGCCACCACUAAACCACCAUGUGAUUCAGACUCAGGUGUGUCCUCUACUCAGGCGGAGACAGACAGCUGUGUGUCAAUUCUACAUUUCAACGUGACUCCUGCCAUGGCCCCAGUCAGCCGCCUACUGGUCUACUAUGUGCGGGACAACGGCGAAGGGGUGACAGACAGUCUGCAACUUCCUGUUCAAUCUCGCUUUGAAAAUGAGGUUUCAGUGUCUUUGUCCACAAAUGAGUCAAUGCCGGGCAGUCCGGUCAACCUCAAGAUCAAAGCCGAGAGGGGCUCAUGUGUUUGUGUAGCUUCUGUGGAUAAAAGCAUGUACCUUAUCAAACCAGACUUCCAGCUCACACCUGAGAAGGUGUUCAAAGAACUGCUUGACUUUGAUGUAUCUGACACCUUCGGGGUAUCCAAAGAUGAGGGGCACUUCUGGUGGCCAGGAUUGUCGUCAAGGCGACGACGCUCUUCUGUAUUCCCAUGGCACUGGGAUAUCACAAAAGAUGCCCGUUUUGCUUUUACGGAGACCGGGCUGGUGGUGAUGACAGAUAUGGUGAGCCUGAAUCACAGGCAAAGUGGAGGGAUGUACACAGAUGAGGCUGUGCCUGCUUUCCAACCGCACACAUCAACCCUUGUGGCAGCCACGCAUACCCGGUCUGGGACAAGGGCAGAGAAUCGCAGGCGAACAUUCUUCCCAGAAACAUGGAUAUGGCACUGCUUCAAUGUCAGCAAUGUCACCGGAGAGGCCGAGUUACGCUUGGAUCUUCCUGAUUCCAUCACCACGUGGAUAACAGAGGCUAUCGGUCUGUCUGCCGAAAAGGGGCUCGGCCUGGCUCAAACUGCAGAGCUGCGCACGUUUAAACCCUUCUUCAUCGACUUCACCCUGCCAUACAGCGUCAUCCGUGGUGAACAGACCAAAGUCCCAUUGACGGUGUACAACUACCUUUCAACUUGCGCAGAGGUCCAUGUGAAAGUAUCGGUGCCCAAAGGGAUCAAGUUCGUGGGUCACCCAGGGAAACACCAUCUGACCCGGAAAAAGUGUGUGGCGCCCGGCGAGGCCACUCCUACAUUUAUAGUUCUGCUCUUUUCGGAAUUGCUGACGGCCAACAUCACAGCUCGAGCUGUGGCCUACAGUGAGCCUAGUUGCUGCUCGGACGGACUACAAGCCAGCAAAGGGGGUAAAGCGGGCGAGGAACAAGAAGACAGGAGAAGCCCGGCGGGCAUGGACUAUGUGCGCAGAACCGUGCUGGUAGAGCCUGAAGGUUUACCAAGAGAGUACACAUACAGCGUCUUCUUCUGUCCAAACGAACGAAUCCACAUCUCCUCACCCAACAAAUACGAGUAUCAAUACGUGAAAAAGCCGGCCAAAGUCACACACGUUCAAGUAUCCGUCAAAAGCCAUAACGAUGCCCACAUCGCCCUCUCGCCCACUGCCCACGACAACACGGAUAUGGUGGAGAUCGUUCUGGGUGGUCGGCAGAACUCGCGCUCCUGGAUCUCACAGGGCAAGAUGGGCGAGCCCGUUUCCAGCGCCCAAACGCCGGGCAUCCUCUCGUGGGAUGAGUUUCGUAGCUUUUGGAUAAGCUGGAGAGAAGGUGGCGUGCAGGUGGGCCAUGGCCUAGAGCCAUCCAGCGCGACUGUGAUCCUUCAGUGGGCCGGACCACUUCCUGCUCAUGUGCGCCAUAUUGGUUUCUCCACCGGCUGGGGUUCUGUCGGCGAGUUCAGGAUCUGGCGCAAAGAAGAUGCAGAUGAGAACCACAAUGAGGCCUUUACUCUGGGAGUCCCACAUAAUGUGGUUCCAGGCUCAGAGAGGGCCACAGCUUCGAUGAUCGGUGAUGUUAUGGGCCCUGCUCUCAACAACCUUGACAAGCUUCUCCGGCUUCCCUUCGGUUGUGGGGAGCAGAACAUGAUCCACUUCGCUCCCAACGUCUUCGUGCUGAAGUACCUUCAGAAAACCCAUCAGCUCAGCCUGGAGGUGGAGGCCGAGGCCACUGACUACCUACUUCAAGGUUAUCAGAGGCAGCUUACGUACAAGAGGCAGGACGGUUCCUACAGCGCCUUCGGGGAAAGAGAUUCCUCCGGAAGCAUGUGGUUGACUGCAUUCGUACUGAAAUCGUUCGCCCAAUCCCGUGGCUUCAUCUUCAUCGAUCCUGAAGAACUACGUUCUGCCAAAUCCUGGUUGAUCACAAACCAAAAAGAAGAAGGUUCCUACCCAGCAAUGGGCCGGAUACUCAACAAAGACCUGCAGGGUGGAAUUCAUGGAAAGAUCUCCUUGACCGCAUAUGUGGUGGCAGCUCUUAUGGAAACCGGGAUUACAACUGAGGAAGAAAAGAGAGCAGUUGAUAAAGCUAAGGCGUUUCUGGAGAGUAACACGUACUCUGCCGAUGACCCAUAUACUACAGCUCUGUUGGCAUAUGCACUCGCUUUACUCCGCAGUCCUUACGCCCCACUGGCUCUCCGGCGACUUAACCACAUGGCCAUCACUCAAGAUGGUUUCACUCAUUGGAGUCUCACUGGCAGUACUGUCACAGAUGAAGACACGUUCAUGGGCUUCAGUGAUGGCCUCUCGCAGUCAGUGGUGUCAGCUGAGGUGGAAAUGACAGCAUAUGGUCUUCUCACCUACACACUUCUGGGGGAUGUUGCAUCUGCCCUGCCAGUGGUUAAAUGGCUCUCACAGCAAAGAAAUGCCCUGGGAGGUUUUUCUUCAACUCAGGAUACUUGUGUUGCAUUGCAAGCCCUUUCCGAAUAUGCCAUCCUGUCAUAUGUUGGCGGAGUUAAUCUCACCAUAUCCUUGGCUUCCACUAACCUGGACUUUCAAGAAACCUUUGAGCUUCAGUUCGACAAUAAGAAGAUCCUGCAGAAAGCAGUGAUCCCCAGCAUUCCAACAGGACUUUUUGUGAGCGCUAAAGGAGAAGGUUGCUGUCUAAUGCAGAUCGAUGUGUCAUACAAUGUACCCGAUCCAGUGGCUAAGCCAGCUUUUCAGCUAAAAGUAGACCUGAAGGAACCCAGGCAGGAGCGGCACACCCCACUCCCCCCACGUCACGUAUCCCUUCGUUCCCGUUCUCGAUCUGAUAACCGUUCAGAGCUGAAUCGCAAGCGGAGGGCUCCUGUAGACGACGAGGACCCCGCAGCCCACCAAGACCACCUGGAUUACCGUAUUACACUGGAGGUUUGCACCAGGUGGUUGCACACCGGUUCAUCCAACAUGGCCGUCUUAGAAGUCCCUCUGUUGUCCGGCUUCCGUGCCGACAUUGAGAGUUUGGAAAGGCUGCUGUUGGAUAAACGAGUGGGACUGAAAAGGUAUGAGGUGGAUGGACGGAAAGUUCUCUUCUACUUCGAUGAGAUCCCCAGUCAGUGCAUGACCUGUGUUACCUUCAACGCCGUGAGGGAGUAUAUUGUGGGCAAAACGGCCCCAGUGCCAGUCAAAGUCUACGACUACUAUGAACCAGCAUUUGAAGCCACUCGUUUCUACAAUGUUAGCGAGAGCAGUCCUCUCGCACGUGAGCUGUGUGACGGCACUACGUGUAAUGAGGUGGAGAGCUCCAGCAAUCAUUGGACGGGCUUUGUUCAGAGCGGUCAGUGCAAUAACAUCUUCGACUGUCCGGAGGAGGAAAACUUCGAACGAUGUAUUUGUUAUCGAGAUUGCGGUUAUGACGGCGAGCCGGUCUGCGGUUCUGAUGGCCAACUGUACCAGAACCAGUGCCAGAUGGAAGUUGCCGCCUGCAGAAAUGGCACACGGAUCGAGCAGAUGCCUUUUAGCAACUGUCCACAGAUAGGGGUGGUCGUAGAAGAGCGAGAACUCGCUACAGGAGAGGAACCCGAACAGGAACCUAUACUCAUUCCUGCAGGGGAGGAGCCAGGCUCCAUGGCCGAUGUGUCCUACUAUUCUUACGACUAUGACCCAGAAAUACCCUUUUUACCAGAGAGUGAGGAGAAGUUAGUGCCGAUAAGAGAGGAAGAGGAGGCAGGAGACACCGUCGGGCCUGUGAAUGAACAUCUCCUCACAGUGGACACAAAAGACUCGCCUGGGCGAUGAGCCCUGCCCGCCUGCAGAAAAGCCUGGAGAUCCACAUUGUACAUUCUCUGUGAAUAUGUUUGUGUGAAAGAAAUGCCUGAAAAGUGAGGUGUACCCAGUCUGUUGCUAUGAGACAGCCUUGCAUGUGUAUGUUCUGAAAGAGAGAGAGUAUCUUUGCAUUAUCAACUCGUGAACUUUUCAUAUCUCUUUACGUUUAGUCGACGAUAUGUCAUCUCAUAUUCCUCUUGUAAUCUUGUUUUAAUAGUCUAGUAUUUAUGUUUGUAAGAAUAAUUGACUUCAAAUCAAAUAUUUUAUUGUUUCGUUUUUCUAUAUGUGGUAUUUAUUUGUGGCUUAUGCCUUUGUUUUUUUUUCGGUUCGUUCCUAUUUUCUCAUUUUCUUGGUCCAUGUACACUUCCUAUAGGUGCGUCAUACAGAAAAUGUGUAACUACUAACUAUUACUCGGAGGAAACCACAGCCAAUAAAUAAGCUACUCGGCCAGUAAAUUACUCCUGUAAUCGAAUAACAUCUUUAUUACAGAUGUUUCAAUGUUACACAUGCUCCGAUUUAAAAGUGCUAACAUAAGCUAUUUUGUCCAAACUACUACUUCCGUAAGUUUAGCUGAUAUUUAAUUUUUACACAUUUUAUUCCCCUUAAGUGUUCAUAUAAUACAUAGAAAUUUGGAUAUGUUUUAAAGUGAUACUUAACCCAAAAAUUAAAUUGUGUGUUGUUCCAAAUCUGUUGAAUUCCUUUGUUCUGAUGAACACAGAGAAAGAUAUUUGGAAGAAUGCUUAUAACCAGACCGAUCUUGCCACCCAUUGACUCCCAUAGAAAUGUAUACAAGUAAAUGAUGAAAAAACACCCAUUUUUGGGUGAAGUAUCACUUUAAACUGGCAAUGAGAUUGUAGCAUUCAUGGCUAUUUGCAUAUAAAAGACAAUCGCUUGGAUUAGAAAAUGAUUUUACUACUUUGAAGAGUUUUUGAAUAGCCUUACAUCAAAUUAAGUUUAAAAAAAAAUGUUUGAGAAAACCUGUAAUAUAGACCAAUUAUUUCUCGCCAUGAGAAUAGCCAUUGAAGCUGGCAGGAUUUAAAAAAACUAAGUCAGGACAGAAGUUGCAAAUAACAUCCGCCGGUUUAUAUUGGCUCCAAAUGGAUAAAUGUGAAUUUUGAAAUCACUGUCAAUCCAAAUGAACCUAAAUUGAAUGUAACCUCCAGUUUUAUCAAAUGCAAAACAUUUGGAAAUAAGUCAACAGGAAUAAACUUUUUAUGCAGUCUGUUA